AGUCUGCUUCAGCCACACUCGCCGUACUUCAAAUGUUAGUAGGUUUCCGCUAAUGAAAAGCCAACUUCCCGUGUAGAGCUUUCACGAUAAAAGCUUGAUCCCGCUCUUCACUAUGUGAUGCUCUUAUUGUGAAGCACUUGUAAGGAAAUCAAACAAUUUUGAAACGAAGGUACCCGCGGGAGUGGCUGUGACUUCCCCGUUAGCCGUUAAGCUAACGAGCCGUGCGUUUCGAAAGUCGAGCACAAAACAUUUGCAAGGUCAAAAUAUUCUUGAAUGAUUCCAGGAGCGCUGAAGAUGACGACCGAGCAAAGGGCCCACCUGAGCGUGAGGAGACGCGCAUGAAGCCGAGUGACAUGAACGCUCGCCUUGAGGACGCCCUGUCCCGCAUCGCCGUGGAGGCACAAGAGAUCCAAGAGCUGGAGCAGCAGUUGACGGAUGGGCAGAUUUUGGCCAAUGAGCUCCUGCAGAAGGACCUGGAGGGGAUCCUCGGUGGACUUCAGGAAUAUCUCAGAGGACUUCGACUUAAGGCCAGUGAGCUGCAGGCUGAGAAUGAAAAUCUUCAGCGCCACCUGGAGGACGCUCAGAGACACCGCAAGAAGCUGGAGGACACAGCCCGGGUUUGUGAUCAGAAGAUGGCGGCCCAGCAGGAGGCGCUGGCGGCGCUGAAGAUGGAGGCCCAGGUGCUGAAAUGGCAGAAGGCGGGGCUGGAGGCGGAGCUGAAGGAGAUGAGGGAGGAGCUAAACCAGCAGCUCACACUGGGACAGAAGACCAAAACCAGAACCAGCGUGGAGCAAACCCAGCAGCAAAUGGCCAGACUGCAGGACCAGCCGGACCAGAAUCGCAUAGCCCAACUCGAGGAACGUGUGACCCAGUACCAGAACCACAUAACCCAACUACAAGAACAGUCUUCCAACCACCACAAGCACAUAGAUCAGCUUGAAGACCAGCUGACCCGAUACCGGAAGCGCAUAACCCAACUAGAAGAUUCCGUGGCCCACCACCACCACAAGUGUAUCCUCCAGCCGGAAUUUCAGUCAACGGCAACCGUCGUCAGUGCCAGGACCCCUGGAAGGGGACGGGCUUGCCGCCUGUUGGGGGGCGCCAACGGCAAACCGAAACCCCACGCAGACAGGAGCGUGUUGCAGUUGUGUGAGGAGGUUCAGUGCGUGGAGCAAACGCUUCACAAGAGACGAGCCGAACUUCGCGAGGCCGACAGACGAUUGAUGCACGUGCACGCGCGUUUCCAGAGCAACCAGGCCGCGUCCCAGCACAGCGCCACCACCCUGAAGCAGAUGGCACUGCGCCUCAGAGUGCUGCAGGAUGAGGAGGCGGAGCUUAGGAGGCGGACCAGGGCGGAGCAUCAGCGGUUGAGAGCAGUGGAGGCGGAGCUAAGUGACAGAGAGGCAGAGUCCCAAGAACUCUGCACCUCAGUGCACAUGGCCACAUGCAGACUAGCUGAGCUUGUGCGUGCGUGUCAGGAGGCUGAUGCAUGCUUGGACCGGACCCUCACUCAGGUGGAGCGGGCAAGGGCGGAGCUUCACGGCGUGGAGGCGGAGCAUCGCAGACUCAAGCGCUGAGUGUUGCAAUCUAUUCAGAGUGCCACACUGCAGCAACGUCAUCGAUGAGGAAACGGCACUCAAUGCAAACUUGCUGUUUAGCUGCGAACGUCCCAAAC